AUGACAGCAGCACGGCAGCGCGCACGAUCGGGCGCCAAGCGAGGCUGGGCCGCUGUGGCCCAACUCCCUGCCUUCCGGGCUCUCACCGGCGACUUCGAGGUGCGCGCCCUGACGGCCACCUCCCUCGAUUCUGCCCGCGAGGCCGCCGCCAAGCACAAUGUGCCGCUCUACUUCGACAACCACCAAGCCCUGGUCGAGCGGCCAGAGGUUGAUCUGGUUGUAGUCAGCGUCAAGGUGACCGAUCACUACGGUCCCGUCGAGGCCGCCAUCCGCGCCGGCAAGGACGUGCUGUGCGAGUGGCCUCUCGGGAGGAACCUCGACCAGGCUGAGCGGCUCGAGGCCCUAGCCCGCGAGCGCGGCGUGCGCACCUUCAGCUGCACCCAGAUAAGCGGCGCUCCCUACGCCAGAUACGUGCGCCACCUUAUCGACUCGGGCUACGUGGGCCAGGUAUUGUCGACCAGCUUUGUCGGCUCGAUCAGCACCUGGGGUCCGGUCGCGCCGCAGGGCUUCCAGGACUACCUGCGCGACCGCACCUCGGGCGGCACCAUGCUUUCCAUACUGGGCGGCCACUCUAUCGAGGCCCUGCUCUGGGAGCUGUCGGCGGUGCUGGCCAACCAGCACCCUAAGGUCAAGCGCGCCGACACGGGCGAGGAGCUGGACAAGACCGCCGAAGACCACCUGGCCGUCGCCGGCACGCUGACCAACGGCGCCGUGGCGUCGGUCCACCUGCGCGGCGGUGUGUCGCGUCGCGGCGCCAAUCGACUGCGGUGGACCAUCAACGGUACCCGGGGCGACAUCGAGGUGGUCAACACCGAGUCCGGAAUCUGCCACAUCGGCCUCUUCAACGUCUACGGCGCCCACGACGACCAGACCGAACUGGCCGAGCUGCCGAUCCCGGACGAGUUCAAGCCCGACACCAAGGGAGAGGUGAAGCCGGAAGACAUGGGCUACGCGCUGGUGGAGUUCUUCCGCGAGCUGGCAGUUGACCUGCGCACGGGCCGGCGGUCGGUGCCCACGUUCGCGGAUGCGGUGCGGCGCCACCGCUCGCUCGAUGCCAUCGAGCGCGCCGCGGCCACUGGCCAGCGCCAGACCUACGCGCUCGCCUAA